AUGGCACCUCAUGGCAAAGAACUCUCUGAGGAUCUGAAAAAAAGAAUUGUUGCUCUACAUAUAGAUGGCCUAGGCUAUAAGAAGACUUCCAAGACCCUGAAACUGAGCUGCAGCACGGUGGGCAAGACCAUACAGCAGUUUCACAGGACAGGUUGCACUCAGAACAGGCUUCGCCAUGGUAAACCAAAGAAGUUGAGUGCACGUGCUCAGCAUCAUAUCCAGAUGUUGUCUUUGGGAAAUAGAUGUAUAAGUCUUGCCACCAUUGCUGCAGAGGUCAAAGGGGUGGGGGUCAACCUGUGA